GUGUGUGUGUGUGUGUGUUUAUCUGCGUCUCCUCCUCUGCUGUCCUCCCUGAUAGAGACGCUGGGCAGGAAGAUAAAACGUCGUCAUGCUGCUGUUUUCUGCUGCAUAGCAGAAAACAGAAUUAUUUUAGAUUAUUUCAGGUUCAGCGUCUAAAAAAUUGGGUGUUUAUGAGAAGCAUAACUGAAUAUUUCAGGAAGUUUGUAAUAAACUGAUGACUUCAGAACCAGCAGCAGUAUGGCAAGCCCAUUUGUCAUAUAUUUGUACAAUCAGUGAGUCUUGCCAAAAAUGGCAGCAGGUGUCUGAAGAGCGCCCCCAGGCGUCCAUACGGUGUCAUUACUCUAAUAUAUCCAUCAAUAUUCUGAUUUAGUAUUUAUUGAUUUAUUGGUUGUAUUUUCACAUCAAACUGAAGCAAAGGACAAACAAGAACCAAACGGGUUCUCCUGAAUCUGGGUCGGAACCAGAACAGUCCAGAAUGGUCAGAGCUGAGCUAAUCCCGUAUGGGGCCCACAUUCAUCUACCAGCUGGAAGUAAAUGAACCCAGAACCAGAACCAGAACCCAGAUUAAACCUCUGUGUGAUUCCAGUCUCUGCAGCCGUCCUCCUCCGUCUCCAUCAGCGGUUCCAGUUCCUGGACAAAGACAGCAGAGGACACCUCAGGUCUGAGGACUUGGAGGCGGAGCUGUCCGAGAAUCCCAUCGGAGACCGAAUCGUUGGAGCUUUUUUCCAGCCGGGGCAGGAAACUGUGGACUUUCCCUCGUUUGUCCGGGUUCUGGCUCACUUCCGUCCCACGGAGAAAAACCGGACCCGAGACGGCGUGCAGCCGGAGCCGGCCAACAGCCGGAACCGGAAACUCAAAUUUGCCUUCCAGCUGUACGACCAGGACCGAGAUGGGAAGAUCUCCAGAACCGAGCUGCUGCAGGUGCUGAGGGAGAUGCUGGGGCUGCAGGUGACGGAGGAGCAGCUGCAGAGCAUCGCGGAGCGCGCCAUCCAGGAGGCCGACCUGGACCGGGACGACGCCAUCUGCUUCGACAAGUUCAGGAAGUCGUUGGAGAAAGUGGACAUCGAUCACAAGAUGAGCGUUCGCUUCCUGGAGUAAAGCCUCUGUAAGAAGAAGACAAAGAUUUCACCUGGGACCUGGUGGGGUCACACCUGCUGCUGUUCCAUGACAAAGACGCGCUGAUCCUGGAACCCAACAUGGCUUCAGGGAGAAUCCAGAGUGAAAUAUGACAAACCUUCAUUUCUUGUAAUGUUAAUGAUUGUGGCUGACAGAGCAUUAAAGUCUAACCUGUGAAA